AUGUUCGCUCGCCUCCCUCUCCUCGCGCUCUGCGCGUGCGCCGCCUCCCUCGUCUCGCUCUCGUCCGCGUCGCCCAUGUCGCGCCGCUCUGCGGGUCUGACGCUCUCCGUCACGCGCCGGUUGAACCUCACCGGGGUGCCGAGCAUCAUCGAGGCGGACCGCGCGCGCGCGAAGAUGCUCUUCGAGCGCGCGACGGCGCAGAACGCGACCGUGAUGAGCGCGAAGCAGGCCGCCGGGCUCGUGCCCGUUGACGCGACGAACCAGGUGUACAACUACAUCGCGAGCGUCGGCGUCGGCUCGCCGCCGACGUACUACAACCUCCUGAUCGACACCGGGAGCUCGAACACGUGGCUCGGCGCGGACAAGCCGUACGUGAACACGAGCACGAGCGUGCCGGUCGGGGACGGGCGCGAGUAUUUUUACGGCUCUGGCCUCGCCUUUGGUUAUGAGUACACCGACACGGUCACUCUCGGCGAUGCCGUAAUCACAGGCCAGGGAAUUGGCGUUGCUAAGACCGUGUGGGGCUUCGAAGGUGUUGACGGCAUCCUCGGCCUCGGCCCUGAGAUUCUUACCAAGGGUUCCACGUCGGGCGGCGAAAUUAUUCCUACCGUGACGGACAAUAUGUUCAGCCAGGGUCUCAUCGAGGCCGACCUCGUGGGCGUCGCCUUCGUGCCCAGCACCGUGCUCGAGUCCACCAACGGCCAGCUUUCUUUCGGUGCCGUUGACGAGAGCAAGUACACUGGCGACAUCACCUACGUUCCGGUCACAUCGACUUCGCCGUCGUCGAACUACGUGGGUAUCGACCAGUCGAUCACCUACGGUUCUUCGAACAUCCCCAUUCUCGCGACCACCGCGGGUAUCACCGACACCGGCAGCACGCUCGUCUACAUUGCCACUGACGCGUUCGCCGCGUACCAGAAGGCCACCGGCGCCGUUCUCGACGACGACGUCGGUCUCCUGAAGCUCACCGCGAAGCAGUUCGCGUCCCUACAGAGCCUCUUCUUCCACUUCGGCGACCACACCUUCGAGUUCACCGCGAACGCGCAGAUCUGGCCCCGCCCCCUGAACACCGCGAUCGGGGGCGACACGGACAGCGUUUACCUGAUCGUCGCUGACUUGGGCAGCAACUGGGGUGAGGGCAUGGACUUCAUCAACGGGAUGACGUUCCUGGAGCGCUUCUACCACGUCUACGACGCCGACAACUACCAGGUCGGCUUCGCGAUCACCGAGAACACGUUCGCGGAGAUCAACUAG